CAAAGUUUCAUAUUUCAACAAAAAAAAAAAAAGAAUCAUUAUUUGUUUUGAGCUUCAUUUUGUGUCUCCAUGGCUCUUCAUAUAAACAGUGGUUGUUUUACUGUUAUGGGUCAUUCUAGAGUUCACAGAAUAAGAGCUGUUGCUUCAGAUGGUUCUGCUACUACUCUUAAGACAGUUGAUGACAAGGUUAAAUUGGGUGGUUCUGAUUUGAAGGUUUCAGCAAUUGGAAUUGGUGCUUGGGCUUGGGGUGAUACUACUUACUGGAACAAUUUUCAGUGGAAUGAUAGGAAAGAGAAGGCUGCUAGAGAUGCUUUCAAUACAAGUAUUGAUGGGGGUCUAACCUUUAUCGACACUGCUGAAGUUUAUGGAUCUGGGCUUUCUUUCGGAGCAAUAAAUUCGGAGACUCUUCUUGGAAGAUUUAUUAAAGAAAGAAAAUCAAAGGAUCCGAAUGUUGAGGUUACAGUUGCGACCAAGUAUGCUGCACUACCAUGGAGAUUAGGCCGUCAAAGUGUUAUCAGUGCACUUAAAGAUUCCCUUGAUCGACUUGGAAUGACGUCGGUGGAUGUGUAUCAGCUUCAUUGGCCUGGAGUAUGGGGAAAUGAAGGGUAUAUUGAUGGUCUUGGCGAUGCUGUUGAAAAGGGACUUGUAAAGGCUGUUGGUGUUUCAAACUAUAGUGAAAAACGACUACGCGAGGCUUAUAAACAGCUCAAGAAAAGAGGUAUUCCAUUGGCUUCAAACCAAGUAAACUACAGCCUCAUUUAUAGGGCCCCGGAAGAAAAUGGUGUGAAGGCUACCUGUGAUGAACUUGGGAUUACAUUGAUUGCAUAUUCACCAAUAGCUCAAGGUGUUCUAACUGGAAAGUAUACUCCUGAAAAACCGCCAACUGGGCCUCGAGGCAGAAUUUAUACUCCAGAAUUCCUAACAACGCUCAAACCUUUGCUGAACAAGAUCACUGAAAUAGGAGACAAGUACAACAAAACUAAUACACAGGUAUCCCUGAACUGGCUUGUAGCUCAAGGCAAUGUUGUACCUAUUCCUGGUGCUAAGACACCAGAACAAGCUGAAGAAUUUAAAGGUGCACUAGGGUGGAGAUUGACUAAUGAAGAAGUAACUGAGCUUCGAAGUUUGGCGUCGAAAAUUAAGUCUGUUAUUGGUUUUCCUGUUGAAAAACUUUGAAGCAUAGUUAAGCACUUAAUUAAUAGGUGCUGCAUACACCUCCUAAAUCAUUUUGUAAAGUUAUACUUAUAUAUAGUACAGAGAAAAUGAACAAUAGAUUGUAUUCAUUGUAAAUUGAAAAUUGAGAGAAAAUGAUAUCUUAUCUUAUUAUAGUAA